AUGGGUUUCCGUUUGCCUGGUCUUCAAAGGCGCACUGAUGUUCCAAAGGGCUAUCUUGCAGUUUAUGUUGGUGAAAACCAAAAGAAGCGGUUUGUGAUUCCUAUAUCAUACUUGAACCAACCUUCAAUCCAAGACCUGCUGAGUCAAGUUGAACAAGAAUUUGGAUUUGAUCAUCCAAUGGGUGGCCUUACAAUUCCUUGUAGAGAAGAUGUCUUCCUAGAAAUCACUUCUCGCUUGCAUAGGUCAUAAAAGA